GACGGCCUCCGUGGCGCAGCGGUAUGCGCGGUGGAUUUACAAGACGGAGGUCCUGGGUUCGAUCCCCGGCUGGGCAGAUUGAGAUUUUAUUAAUUUGUCCAGGUCUGGCAGGUGGGAGGCUUCGGCCGUGGCUAGUUACCACCCUACCGGCAAAGACGUACCGCCAAGCGAUUUAGCGUUCCGGUACGAUGCCGUGUAGAAACCGAAAGAAGUGUGGAUUAUCAUCCUCCUCCUAGCCCGCUUCCAUCUUAGACUGCAUCAUCACUUACCAUCAGGUGAGAUAGUAGUCAAGGGCUAACUUGUAAAGAAUUAAAAAAAAAAAAGUAGAUAUAGACUACCAGAAUUUCGCGAUUUCAAACGCGUAGUUCCCAUUCCCGUAGGAAUUAGGUUAUGAAACAUAGCCCAUGUUACUACCUGAUAAUGCAGCUUUUUAUUGGUGAAAGAAUUUUUCAAAUCGGAGAAGCAGUUUAGGAGUUUAUUCAAAAAUACAAAUAAUUCAACUUAAUUUUUUUAUAUACACUUUAGUGCACAAAAGAAAAACAAUUAUUAAGAAAACAUAGUGCCUACUCAAGAUGUGCAAAGACCUAUGGAAGGACUUAAUGUGUUACAUUUAGUGGUACGGAACCCUUCGUCGGCGAAUCCCGGCCUUCACUUGGCCGGUUAUUUUGUUACCGGAUGUUGAAAGUGUGCUUACAUUUCCUAUUUUGUGAUGAAAUUAAUAUUUAUAGGGUUCCUCUUACAAACUCUACCGUGCAUGAUAAAAUAAAAUUAAUUUAUUUCAUCAAUUAAACACGUCAUAGCACAUUAUCAUGUUAUCAUUAUUAUGUUGAACGUAACCUUGAUUUCGCUUAUCAUAAUAAAGACGGUAAACAAGAAACGUUAGUUGAUUAACAGUUCUUGAGUUAUAAAUGCAAUAAAACGGAUAUCUUCAAAUCGCGCCACAAUAAAAUUAAACGACAUCCAGUCACGAUACAAUCGGAAGCGGUGCGCCCGUUUCCGAACGACUGUGUCAUCUACCGACCGCGACCGGCUGUCAAAAUUAAAAAAAAAAUGCUCGAAGAAAUACGAAAGAAAACUUUUUUGGGAUUUGAUUUUAGCACUCAAAGGUUAAAAGCUGUGGUCAUAGACGAAAGCUAUGCUGUCUUACAAGAAGCAGAUGUUGAGUUUGAUGUGGAUUUGCCAGAAUUUAGGACGUCAGGCGGAGUCAUCCGCGGUGAGGAUGGCGAGGUGACAGUGCCCCCGCUGCUGUGGGUGAAGGCACUGGACAUGGUCAUGGACAAGCUCAUAGUGGAGGGAGUUGACUUUUCUACUGUGGAGGCCUUGUCUGGAGCUGCUCAGCAACACGGUUCAGUGUGGUGGGCGAAAGGCGCAGACGAGCGGUUGGCCAACUUGUCCCCCGAGCAGUUCCUGCACACGCAGCUGGCGUCGGCCUUCGUGGUGGACUCGCCCGUGUGGAUGGACUGCAGCACCUCCGCCGACUGUCGCGCGCUGGAGGAGGCUGUGGGCGGCGCAGAGGAGCUAGCUCGUAUAACGGGCUCGCGCGCGUACGAGCGCUUCACGGGCGCGCAGAUCCGCAAGAUGCGCCGCACGCGGGCGCGCGCGUACGCCGCCACGGAGCGCAUCUCGCUGGUGUCGUCGUUCGCGUGCUCGCUGCUGGCCGGCCGCGUGGCGCCCCUCGACCUGGCCGACGGCUCCGGCAUGAACCUGCUCGACAUACGCUCCAUGCAGUGGUGCGAGAAGGCGCUGAAUGCGUGCGGCGACGACACGCUGCGCGACAAGCUCGGCGCGCCGGUGCGCAGCGCGACCACGGUGGGCGCGGUGGGCGGCUACUUCGUGCAGCGCUACGGGUUCCCGCCCACCUGCCGCGUGGUCGCCUUCACCGGCGACAACUGCUCGGCGCUGGCCGGCCUGCGCCUGCAGCCUGGCUGGGUGGGGCUGAGUCUCGGCACCAGUGACACGCUGCUGCUGGGGCUCCGCGAGCCGUGCGCGCCGACGGCGGGGCACGUGCUCGUGGGCCCGACGAGCGCGCCGUACAUGGCGCUGCUGUGCUUCGCCAACGGCUCGCUGACGCGCCAGGCGCACCGCGACCGGCUGGCCGGGCGCAGCUGGCCCGCCUUCGACGAGCUGCUGCGCGCCACCGUGCGCGGCAACAUGGGCUAUAUGGGCAUCUACUUCGAGUGCGCGGAGAUCGUGCCGCGCGCGGCGCCGCUGCGGCGGCUGGAGGACGCGGGCGGGCGCGCGCUGGAGCGCCUGGCGCCGCAGUUCGAGGCGCGCGCGCUGCUGGAGGGGCAGGCGCUCGCGCGGCGCGCGCACGCGGAGGACAUGGGCUUCACGCUGGACGAGAAAUCGCGCGUGGUGGCGACGGGCGGCGCGUCCGUGAACAGCGCGCUGCUGCAGAUCUUCGCCGACGUGUUCAACGCGCCUGUCUACGUGCAGGACUCGCAUGCUAACGCCGCUUUGUUGGGCGCCGCUAUUCGAGCCGCUGAAGUGUGGAGCGAGGAAACCGGCAUCGCACUCAGUGGCUCCGAGCCGACCGUGUCCCCCGCGGCGAAGCCCUACCCCGACGCGGAGCGCAUCUACGGGCCCAUGCUGCGGCGCUACCGCAAGAUGCUGGAGCACAUCCCAACGCUGCUGUAACUCACUACUCACAUAGCUUCACAGUUCUAAAGUUGCCUCAAUAGCUCAACGGUAAGGUCGGACUCAUCACCGAGGGGUGGUGGUUCGAUCCCCGCCCCGUUGGUCUAUUGUUGUACCCACUCCUAGCACAGUCUUAUUAGUUGGAGUGGAAUGGAAAAAAAACGGUGACUGAAACUUUACAACUAAUUUAAAAUGAAACAGGGUAAUAGGCUAGUUGACACUUUUUUAAUUGUACUAAAAAGAACAUAUAUUAUACUAGACUGAUUUUUUUUCAUAUUUUUUGAGAAAAUUUUAAAUUUUAAUUAUGUUUUUGACAAUACGAGCCAAAACAUCUGUCAGCCAUGACAGUCUAUAUUUCAACUGUUUCAUGUCGUCACUAUUAUAAAUCCCAUUAAAUUGAGCGUUUGACAAAAAUAUUAGUUAACAAUUAGGUACGUUUAGCAUAUCAAGUGUGUUAGUGACGUCACAAAAUGGACGACAGUUUUUUUACUAAAAAUACGUGAUAUUACAAGAAAUUCUUAACUUUUAUUAAUUUAUAUCGAUAUAUUUCGGACCCUUAUUCCAAGUACUACACGAAAUUAAUAUUGUUUAUAUUAAAUUUGACAUGAGUCAACUACCCUAUUCUCCUAGAUGACUAUGUCCAAUAGCAUGCGUCAAUGAAAUUGUGAAAAGAAAAAUACUUAUUACUGGCCGAGUGAAAAAUUACUUACUGUGCGAUGGCGAACGAGAGAGAGAGAGCGAUAUUUUCAAUGCCGCCGCUAUUGGUCGAUCAUUAUUUUUUCUGUUUAAAAGAUAUCCGAGGUCUAUAGUGACAUGCAUAGGUUUAUACAACAUAUAGUACCAACUUUAAUGAAUUCUAGUUAUUAGUACUACUACUAGUGUAUUAGCCAAUAUACAGAUCUUAGCACAUUUUUUACUAAACAACAAUUAAUGUGGUUUGCCUAUAAAUCGAUCUACUAUCAAAUAACUGCCAACUAUUGAGUGGUUUAUGUAAUAAACCAAACAGAUAUAAAUGAAGUCCUUUAGUAACCAUACAGCUUAAGGUUUGGACUGUACGAGUAUUGUCAAUUAACUGAGAAACUCAUGCAAGUCAAACUUUUAAAAAUAAUGUAAAAAAAUAAUGGAAAAAUAUCUUAGCCUGGCAAGUUCGUUGAUAAUACUCCCAUUAUAUGCGGGCGACGGUGGGAAAGACUGCGCGGGUGUGAAAUCGUGCGUGCGGGGAGGUGACGUGCAUCAGUCGUGGGUUUUCAUUUAUCGCUACACGUCCCCCGGCUGAACAUCGGGAGUGUUACGAACGAAGUUGCCAAAGCAGCGGCCUUACCUUUACGUAAUUUACUUAAUAUCGUGAUAUUUUCGUGUUAUGCUGACGGUUAUAUGUUUAAUGGAGUUUUACUUAAAAACUAUGAAAUUUUAUAUUGUUCUCACUAGAAUAUAAAAUAGACAAUCUCAGAUAAUUUAUUGCGAGAGCAAAUGUAGCGCUGUAAGCAUAAGAAAUGUACUUUUAAAGUGCUGGAAACUUUUUUUUAAAUCUUCUUAGUAGGAUCAUAAGGAGCACUUAAAUCUCAUUAAUAAUACUUUUAACACAUUUAACAUUCCAAGAAAAUAAUUUAUUUAACAUUUAUGAUAUGCUGUUUGUUCGAUGUAUAACAUCUUGUGGUGAAUUUUGUCAUAUUUAUUAUUAUUAUUAUAAAUUUAUAUGUUUUAUUGUUAUUUUUAUAUAGAUCUUGAUUUUGAGAUUAUUUUAUUUGUAACUUACACGCCGGUGCUGCCGCAGUUAGUUUUAGGUAAAUAAUUUUAUUAUUAUUAACAUUCCAAAAUAUAGAAUAUUUUAUAGAUUUUAUACACGCAUAUCAUGUUCUUUGUUAAUGUUUUACACGUUUUUAAUAAAAAGAGCUUUUUAAUGAAAA